AAUAUAAUUUCAAACAUGUAUAAUUCAGUUUUGGAAAGUCCUUAUCCGACACCACCGAAUCUAGUAUCAAUGGAUACUCUACCUACUCCAUCAUACGGAUCUUUAAUCUCUUUUGAUCAAGUACCAAAUUUUAAUUACACCUUUAAUCAACAGCAACGUCGUCAAAAUUAUGUUGCGGAUCCAUACGAAAAUGAUUAUCACCAACGCACCCAUUUAUCGCAUCCCGGACGAAUACCUUCUAGUCCACAAAAACCUCCUGUAUAUACUAAGUGGACUGAAGAAGAAGACGAACUAUUACGUGCCGCUAUAAGUAUCUAUGGUCCGCAUAAAUGGUCUCUUAUCGCAGCACACGUCCCAAAUCGAACGCCAAUGCAGUGUUCUACUAGAUGGUUAGGUGCCUUAAAUCCUACAAUCCAUAAAGGGCGCUGGACUCCGGAGGAAGAUGCUGCGUUAAAGGAUGCAGUUAGUGAAUUUGUAGAUCUAAUUGAUUCAGAUGGGCAUCCACAACCGAUUCCUUGGAAUAAAAUCGCUUCUAGAAUUCCUCAUCGAACAGGUAUUCAAUGUCAAGCACGUUGGUCUGAAGCACUCGAUCCAAGCGUUAGAAAAGGUAAAUGGUCGCCCGAUGAAGAUGAAAUAUUGAAAGAAGGUGUACGUCGCUAUGGAAGAUGUUGGAUCCGAAUUGCGGAGCUUAUUGAAGGCAGGACUCAG